GCGGGGGCGCGGCCGGCGGGGGAAGGACGCGCAGUCGGUCCCCGCUCUCGCCGCCGUCCCCUUUGGUCGCCUCCGUUCGGUCCCCGCUCGCCCCGCUCGUCCCGCCAUGGCCGCCGCCGCCGCGGGGCUCCGCGCCUCCUACCACCGCCUGCUCGACCGCAUCGAGCUCAUGCUGCCGCCGCGGUUCCGGCCCUUCUACAACCACCCGGCGGGUCCCAAGACAGUGUUUUUCUGGGCACCGAUUAUGAAAUGGGGUUUGGUGUGUGCUGGACUGGCUGACAUGGCCAGACCAGCAGAAAAGCUCAGCACAGCACAGUCUGCAGUACUAAUGGCCACAGGCCUUAUUUGGUCACGAUACUCUCUAGUUAUUAUUCCUAAAAACUGGAGUCUGUUUGCUGUGAACUUCUUUGUUGGCUGUGCCGGUGGCUCUCAGCUCUUCCGGAUAUGGAGGUAUAAUCAGGAGCUAAAAGCAAAACAACAAGAGCAGGUGCAGUAAAGAGAUGCUUAACCCAACAGGUCAAAUCUAACAACGCACAAACCCAUCCCCAUGGGACCCAGCUUCACUAAUUUUAAUGUGCUUUUCCUCAGAGAAGAAUCAAAGAGGAAAUUUAAAUGCCUAGAGAGCAAAUGUUUUCUAAGUGCAAAUAACAGAAGUAUCACCACACAUUUCAAUAAAGGGUGACCUUUUAAAUCAAAGCAAAA